AUGGAAAUAUCAAGGGGAAAAGUGAUUAUUGAAAAGAAAAUCAACGAAUACGUGAUAGAUGAAAAUGUAUUUUUCUUCGAGCCAGAGAAGGAAGAUGUAUAUGAUGAGAAUGCAAAUUUGAGGUACAUUUUCCAUAAUACAUUUAUCAACACAGAAGAGGAAAUUGCCAUAAGUGAAUUCAAAAAGUAUUGCAAAGAUAAAUCGUUAAAAAUAAACAAGGCAUUUUUUGAAAAUGAGUGUUUGCGCUAUUUGUAUUCAGCUCAAUUUGAUUUUCCAAAAGCAUUAGAUUUAAUUCAAAGUAAUUAUGAAUUUCGAUUAUCAAAUAUUUUACCAAUAGAAGAAAAAGAUGUUAUAAAUUAUAUUAACAAAGGAGUUAUAUAUUGGCAUGGAAGAGAUAAAAAAUGUAGACCCAUUUUGAUAAUAAAUUUACUAUCCGUUGAAUUAUUAGAUAUAGAAGAAUUAACAAAUUUAUUCUUUUUCUGUUUUGAAUUCUUUUUAAAAUAUCUAUGUAUACCUGGGAAAGUUGAAAAUUACAUAUCUCUUAUUGAUUGUUCAGGGAUAUCAAUAUCCAAAUUCCCAAUGUCAACAUUUAUGAAAUUGUUGGAAAUUAUGAAUUCAAAAUAUAGAUGUAGAUUAUUUAGAAUGUAUAUAAUCGAUGCCCCAAAAAUAUUCAAAACAUUUGGAAAAUCAUUUUUAAAUUUUGCUCCAUCUUAUAUGACAAAAAAGUUAAAAAUUCUAGACGCAAAUUAUUCGUCUUAUUUGAGGCAAGAAAUAAUGGACACUCAGCUGGAGAAGAAAUAUGGAGGACUACAAGAAAUAAGAAACAACACUUUUUAUCCUUUCUCAUUCUAUCCGAAUUGUUAUCUCUUGAAUAAGGAGGAAGCAGGACAUGCGGAAAAAACGGGAAAAGCGGAAAAUGCGACAAAUUCGACAGAGACAGUCCAAAAGGAACAAAGCAAACGGAAUGUAUCUCACAGAAAAUUGAAUUCAGAAGAAUUGAAGGAGCAAGUACACAACUUCUUAAUGUCAGGAUAUUCAAUGCACCUGCAAUUGGUAGAUCAUGAGGUUCAUAAGGAACCAUUUAAAAAACAAUAUUCUGCUGCCACAGUAGACAACAUAAAUAGCAGCAAUGGAAUGCAAAAGAAUAUAAGCAAUAAUAACAGUGUGAGUCACAUGAUGAGGAAUAAUAUUAUGAGCACAAGUAGUAGAAAAAAAAAAAAAAAACAAAACUUGUCCAAAAAUAAAGAAUUUUUAGAAAAAUGUUUCAUCGAUUCAGUAAUAAAUAAAGAAUAUCAAAUCACAAAUAAUAGCUUUUUAAAAAAUAAUAAAUAUAUUAAUUCAAAAGUCCGAUAUGUUGUUAAUGUUGGAAGUACACAUAGUUGGCUUUUUAAAAUUAAGCAUUUAUUUUUACCCAAUAUAACAAUUGAUUAUUUAACGAGAAAAUUUCCAUUCAUUGCAAAUUAUCUCAUUGCCAAAUCGAAUUUUAAAUCAGUACAUCACUAUAUGAAAUAUGUAGAAGAUUAUAUAAUCACCAAAGAAGAUAAUACUCUUCAGGGAAAAUAUAGUAAUACUAGAUAUGAUAAAGACAUUAAGGGAACAUAUAGUAACCAUGCGCAUGUUAGUAAACAUUUUAUUACACUCAGUUCGACAACAAAUACCAUUCUAAGUUUAAAAAAUGGAAAUGAUGAAAUACAUUCCAAAAUGAUAAACAAUAUAAAAUCUGUGAAUAAUCAUUCAGGGGUAGUGAAGGGAAAAUGCCCUUCCCAUCUACCUACACAUAGAAGAAGAAAUAAAAAAAAAAUGUCUAAAAUUGAUGAAAAGGAAAAUGGACAUAAAGAAUGUAGAAGAAUUAAUGGCGAUAAUCUGUUAGACGAGGGUAAUGUUCAUCACUAUCAUGAUUGUAAAAAAAAGACGAGAGUGAGAAAUGACGAUGAUUCAAAACUUAUUGAGAAAAACUUUUACGCGAAUUCAGAAUCUAUUUUUGAAGAUAAUAAUGUUAACAAGUCCCGCAAGGAUAAGAAUUAUCAUAUGAAAGAUAAACAUCCAAAUGUAAAUAGUGGAAAUCAUAAGGAGAAAACCAAACGCUGCUAUAAAAUUAAGGCAACAAAUAAUUUAUUUAAAGAUGAAUUUGUAGACGAAUCUGAAAAAGUUAAAUGUGUUGAAAAAACCUUUUUGAAUAGAAUUAUAAGUGCGUCAGAUUAUGAAAAAUCUGGUAAAGAAACUCCUCCCGUGAAUACAGUUAAAUCAUCAAAAGAAAGAUUCCCCAGGAAACCAACACCGAAUAUGGAUUACUAUGAGUGUGAAAGUGCAGAUAUUUCCAGGAGAGUGGUGACCUCGACUAAUACGCAGAAAUCGAUUGGCACACAGAAAUCGAUUGGCACGCAUAAAUCGAUUGACACACAGAAAUCUAUUAGCACGAUGAACACGUUGAACUAUAAAAACAAAUUAAAUACAAAGUCAGGAAGAAUCAGUAACGAAUCAAUUGUACCUAAGAGGAUAGAUGAUGGUGCAAAUUCCAAAUGCAAACGAGAGAGCAGCAAUGUUACAAGAUCAUUCAGUGCGAAGCAAUCAAAAAAUUCACAUAAUAAAUUAGAAAGAGAAGAAAAACUAGAGGAAAAAGAACUAAAUAAUUCUAGAGAGGGUACCAAAUUUAAGAAUAAAGUAGAUCCAUUUAAUAAACAUUCAUUAUCAAAGAAUAACAUAACACCCACAGUCGACGAUGAAUUUAUACCUUUGGAAAAUAACACAAACACCAAUGAACUUGAACAGGAAUCAAAUUCACUUGAACAGACCAAAAGUAACGAGUCUGAUAAAAGGAAAAGGAGGUUCAACAAAAUUAAGAUUAUUGGUUUCCAGUUUUUCAACAAAACGGCGUCCAAAACUUAG